AUGGAACCCAACCCCGAGCUAUGCAAAAAAUAUGCCCAGUUUGCAUCACACAUGGUGCGAUGGCAGUUCAAGAUCAUAUACUGGUUUAUGUUUAUAACAAAUCUCAUCGUCUUGUUUUUGGCGUCCUGGAUUUAUACAAAAGGCCAGCAGGCGUGUGAGACAUACCAAGGGAAUUCUCACAAGAAGUCAGCGGCUCUCAAGAAGUACAUUCUGUUGUGCUCGAUCUGUGUCCUCGUAUCAACGGUUAUUGUGACCAUGGAGGCAUACGCGCUGCUUGCACUACAGUUUUGCGAUGGCGAGGACCUCAUGUCGCUAUAUUGGUCGACUUGGACUAUGAUGCAAAUUGGAUCCCUUAUCGCCAUUGUGGGUAUAAUUCUCGCAAUGUUCCAUACCCUUCAAGACCGAAGACAUCCGCCAUGGGCAUUGGCGUUAGGCACCCCUGUCUUGGUUAUUGCAGGAUUCCUUCACCUCUUUCAUGAUUGCACAUCAAGAAAAGUCAGCAAGAUGCGACAUAAUUCGCAUAUUGGCACGCUCCCGUCAUCGUCAUCUACGUUGUCAUCAGACCCAGAAGCCGCUGGUGCGCAAACAAGGCCGGUCUUGACCUUGAAUACCAACACCAGCCCCAGGUCCUUGAGCGACGCUACCACAGUAAGGAAUCUCUCGGAACGUAACGUAAACGACACGCCGCUCGCAGAAUUCGUCGGAUUCACAACCAAUGGGGACCCGAUUGUCCGAUUCCUCACCAAUUCUCCAACUUAUAUAACCGAUUCUGCUGAGUUUAUUGGAUAUUAUGAAGAUGAAAAACCAAUUGUUGCUUUCCGCAAAGGCUCUAUUCAUUUCGUAUGCGGUAAGGGAAGUUCUCAAGAGCCUCCUCCCUCACCAGGAUGCGGCCCUUUAGAGUCGGCUAGCUCAUCACCAGCAUAG